AUGAGUUCUUUACCUAGUCCAGACCUUGGAGGAUCUGCUUCACGUGCACAAAGUGGUGAGGACCGUAAGCAAAGGUGCAAGUGGUCAACAGCUGAAGACCUGGUCCUCAUCAGUACAUGGUUGAACACCUCCAAAGAUCCACUAGUUAGAAAUGAGCAAAGAGCAGGAACCUUUUGGAAGAGGAUUGCCGCUUAUUAUAAUGCAAGUCCCAAGGUGGUUGGUUUGGCUAAGAAAGAGCAAAGCCACUGUAAGCAACGGUGGGGGAAGAUAAAUGAGGGUGUCUACAAAUUCGCUGCACAUGAAAUCUUCUUCAACGAUUACAACGUGAAGCUCUCGUUGGAGCAUGCCUGGAGGAAGCUUAGGAAUGAUCAGAAAUGGUGUGGGACUUAUGGAAGUAGUCAACAAAGCUCUGGUUCAAAAAGAAAGAGGGUGGGGGAAGAACAAUCUUUUCAGUCAUCAGCAUCUAUGCCCAGUGUCAAUGGAGAGGAUGAAGUAAUGGCUAGGCCUAUUGGUGUUAAGACAGCAAAGGCGAAGGCUAAACGGCCAGUGGGAGAAGAAGGGAAGAAUCUGCAAGAAUUGCGGCAAAUGUGGGAGAUAAAGGCGAAUGACUUAGCUAUGAAGGAUAAGCUUAGCAAGACCAAACUGCUUGACAGUUUGCUUGCAAAAACAGAGCCACUUAGUGAAUUAAAAGUGGCGCUUAAGAACAAACUGAUUACUGAAAUGUUAUCAAAGUAA